GGGUGUCGGACCGCUGUCUACCAACACCAACAAAAAGUGUACGCAAGAGAAAGUUUUUGGAAAAUACAAUUCCGCCAUAUUUACCGGCAAAAUUCAAAAUAUUUACAUUGUUGCCAAACAAUUGAGCCAGCCGGAUCCUAUUUGUGCAAUAAUUAAGUGCCAGGCAACAGCGUGGAGGUCGUGAAGAGCAACAAAGCCAAGCGACGUCUGCUGCUGCCGUCGCGCAGCCCCACGCAGCACUAAUGACAAUAGGGAAGUCGUAGAGGAGGGAAAAUACAAAUACCGACAAAAAGAAGCCCAGCCAGCCUGCUACGCAAUCGAACGGUGGCCACCAAACCGCGCACACACAGACGCGCGCCAACACACACGCACCGCACCGUGCAAUAUAUACACACACACAGAAGGCCCAAGAAAGACGGAACAGAACAACGAUGACAAGUCAUCAUCACAGCGUCGGCGUCGGUGGCGGCAACUUUCAGCCCCAACUCCAACUGCAGCAUCAGCACCAGCUCCGGGCUCCCAUUGUGAAGAAUCUUUCGUUAGCAGCGGCGGCAGUGCCCCUGCCAAUGACCUCAUCCUCCUCGUCUGGCCACAGCACGAAUGCAUCGUCGUUGUAUUUCACACAGGUCUUGCAGCAGCCCCCAAAUGCUAUAGUCGAUCACGAACCGUACACCAGCGUGCUGCAGCCUGCGGGCGGCGGCAGCGAGAGCUUCCUCAUCGAGGAGAUUAUCGACGACUAUGAGGAUGAGACGAAUAUUGUUGUGGACACCGGAGAGUUCUUCAUCUCGGGCGAUGUCUACGAAUACUACCCGGCGGUUGAUCGUCUGGGUAGGUUUACCUCAGGGGCCGUAGCCGAGGCAGAUGCCGUGCCACCGCCAAUUAUAAUGCAGCAGACCAGCGAGGAUGAGGACUAUAUUGAUGAGGACGCUAUGCGAAUGUCGUCCUCCUGCGAUGGCGACGAGGAGGAUGUGGACGAGGAUUUGGACGUAGUACCGGCCAUGACGAAUGCCUUUGAAAUAGCCUCGGAAGUGUUGACCACCCUCGAGGCCACCAACAUCAAGGAGGAGCAGCUGGAGAGCGACUUUUACAUGAAAACCGCGGAGGAUUCAAACAGCUCCAAUGCCCAGGACUUUAAGGACCUAAAGCUCUUUGGCAACAGCAGUCGAGUGGAGCGCAGGGCAAACGCCGCCACAAAGCGCUGGAAACAGACCAAGGUCCCCAUUCGCAUCACCCAGGAUGAGUUCAACGUAACGCUCUGGUCGUCCCUCAACUCUGAGGACGAGGAAGAGGAGGAGGAGGACCUGGACGAUCCGCACGUGUCGGUGGUCCACCCCGUGGUGUCCUCAUCUACCAGCACUGAAGCCUCCUCCUCCAAUAUGCCAAAGCUCAUAAUCGAUGAGCACAUAAUCAGCAACAACAUGCACCACGAUGUCCUCAGCGAUGGCAUCGGCAACGAAUACGUUAUCCUGCCGGAUCCCUUUAGCGCAUCUGCGGUGACGGAUGUGGAAGAGGUUGUCAAUGCAUUUAUGGGCGAUGUCAAGGGCGAGGAGGACAGCCAGCCGCUGAGCGAGCAGUUCAUCUACGCGGAUAAUCAUCUGGAUGAGGCAUACGGCUCAAUUGAACUCAUCGAGAACAUGCCGCACAACGUGGAGUUGAUACCAGCUCCAGCUGCAGCCCCACCACCUCAGGCGAUGACAGGCAGCGCGAAGACACACCGUUGCCCAACAGCAGCCCAACUGUCGCUCCCGAAGCUGGUGCUACAGAACAGCAGUACCAAUGUGCGGCUGAAAAGCACCACAGGUGCCCAGGCCAAGGCGGCAAAAAGGCAAAUAAGCAGCGCGUCUGUUCCUGCAGUAGGAUUAAAUGCGGCGCCGCCGCCGUUGGUGGCUACCAGCAAUUUGGCGCGCCCGCGAGCCACCACCGUGACCAAAACAGCAGCCAGUCUGGCCAACCAAGUCGCCGCCGCCAGCAAUCAGACGGCUGCCGUUGCCGGGGCCGCUGCCGAGGAGGACGAGGAGCCAAAGUUUCGGUGCACCCAUCGCGGCUGCAAUAAGGAGUUCAGGAAUCACUCAGCCAUGCGGAAGCAUAUGCAUACGCACGGUCCACGCGGGCACGUGUGCAAUGUUUGCGGCAAGAGUUUCGUGGAGAGCUCCAAACUAAAGCGCCACCAGCUGGUUCACACUGGCGAGAAGCCAUUCGAGUGCACUUUUGAGGGUUGCGGAAAACGUUUCUCUCUCGACUUCAAUCUGCGCACCCAUGUCAGGAUACACACUGGGGAUCGACCCUACCAUUGUCCCAUCGACGGCUGCUCCAAGUGCUUUGCUCAGUCGACGAACCUCAAGUCGCACAUGCUGACGCACACGAAGCCCAAGCGCAAGUGGCCAAGGGCACCGCAGGUCAACAGCAAGUCGUCGUCGCCGCAGGUCAACAACAAGUCGCCGUUGCUGGCACGGUACGGGCGUUUGGAAUUCGGCGAGGAUCCUCGACUGGUGUACGUGGAGCAGAACGAGGAAAUGGGAUCGGUGCUGCUGGAUGGUACGUCACCCACGUCCUAACUAUCAGUGACCGUCAAUGUGUCCCUGAAUAGAACCGUGGCCUGAGUGAGAAGACUGGCCCCAGUCCUGGGCACUCUACAAGUCGAGUCGCGAGCAGGAGUGUAUUAUCUGGCUAGAUAACUGGCGGAUAGCAAGCCAACCAACCCGAUUGUACAGUUAGUUAUACAGAGCAGGGCCAUUAAUCUAUGGCGGAGUUUAAUAUUGUAAUCUACGAAACGGAGAGCCUGUGGAGCGUGUGACGACCGCAUGCUGCUCCUUUGCAAACUCUAAGUAAGUUUUUUUUCUUAAAUUGAAUAUGUAGUAAGUUUAAAGCCAGGCCAAUGCAUGGAUGGAGAUAAAUAGAGGAUCGAUCGCUCAGUCGACAGUUCGGCUCUGUUCGGCAGUUUAGAUUGUAAGAAUAAUUGUAAUAGUCCCAAGUCCCAAAAAUCCACCACAAAAUAGCUAUCACUAUCACUAUCACUAUAA